GGUCGCCGCAAACAGUGAAGUAGAAGACGGUGACAACGUUGCCUCAUUCCGGGGGCGGAGUUUCGUCGGGGGGUCUUUAAAUCUGACUCCUCCAUUAAACAAAUUACUCAACCUGGCUCGCAUUUGUGCAAGGUCAUGAACCAGCUUGGACUUGCCCACCAACACGGCCAAGUCGGGUGAGGUCUGGUGUGUGGCUGUCCUUGCAUAACCCGACCGACCUAAUAACCAUGGACGCCCUACUAGGGCGGCUCGGGGCGCAGGCCAUGAACUAUGCCAUCCGAUCUGGGAUUGCCCUUACUUCCAGUUAUGCCGUCGGCCAAUGUUCACGACUUCUCAAGACCGUCGAUGACAGAAGCGUUCGAGCAGAGCUCAAGAGCCUGCAGGACCAGCUCAACGGCAAGGUCAAGAUACUGUCGCCCGUUAUAGACUUGAUAGAGUUCAAGUCUGGACGAGGCAACGUCUUUCUUGAAUCUGCCGUUCCGCUGGCAAAGUCUCUGCACCGUGAUAUUGUCUCUCUUGGCACGAGACUCGAGAAUGCUGCCGUCGCCGAGGAAGGUUCUCAGAAGAAGGGGACCAAGGCCAAGACGGCCGAGGCUCAUCAUGCGGAACUGCUGAACAUCAUCCGCGAUAUCAAAGCCCUUUUGGCCCGCAUUGACAGGGAGAUACCUUCUCUGCAGAUCGCCAUCACUGCCUCUGGAGAGACAUUGUCGUCGACCAUGCCCACAGGAAUAUCGCCGUCGCGAUUCCUCCAAGCCAGCUUCUUCUUGAACCUCGGAGACACACAGUUUGCCAGUGAUCCUUCGCGCCCCGUCCAAAUCGGCCCAAAUUUUAACCUGUCACUCUACAUGCUCUUCGUGGGACAUAGUCAGGCCACAUCUCACCCCGGAUCUCGUGGUAAUGCAAGGCCGGCCACCCCGGAUCCAUCUCGAGCAGGUUCUCCACAGAAGGAUGAGCCGUAUGGGUUUGGCGAGGGCGAGAGAAGGCCGAUCUGGCAGGAAGUCUUACACAAGGCUCGCGUACGGCUAUGCAGAACCCCGAUCCAGUGGGGCUUUGAUCACAAUCAGGGCUAUGUUCCCGAUAGCUUCCUGAUGCCAGGUCAACAGUCUGGCUACCCGGGAGAUGACGCCUUUGGGCGGCCCGACGAAUACGCCUAUCAUAUUGAGCUCGUGGAGGACUUGAAUGACGGCCGGGUGCAUGAAGACGGCGAGGCUAAGACACGUCCCUACGACACCAUCACCCAAGCAGGCAUACGCGAAUCGAUCCCCAUCCAUCAGAUUUCUCGCAUCUUCUACACCGACAGUGGCAGAAUUCUCAACAUCGGAAACUCUGACGAGGCUGGCAAUAACCCCAUCCUUCUCCUGAAGAGGGACGUGAGUGCUGCGGGCAAUACCGAAUUCGAAGAGGACGCACCGGAACAUCACCAGUUCAACCCGACCAAGGCUAUAAGUGGCCCUGGCGGUGAUUACGCGGAUUAUGAACAAGACGAGAUCGACCGCCAGCUCCGUGAGGAAACUGGGCCCCCAGACUCGAAAGCCGUGGAGAAACAACACCCAUUGGGUUUGCAUCUGCCGCCUCACCUUGAUCCCGAAUGGCUCGCAUUUGAGGUCUUCACAGAGGACAGUAACGACGACUCGGAAGACUCAGAAGACGAAGCAGAAGAGGAGAGCGAGGAUGAGCAGACAGUACCCACCAUCAAAGCAAAACGACCCGCGGCGUCUCAUAAUCCCUCACUCAAUGCGAAUUUGAUGGCGCAGAUCAAGACACUUUCAAUCCAAUCCCCAACAGGGCUCAACGAAAUUUCCAGCAAGCCGGCGUCGAAAGAAUUGGAAAGGCUAGAUGCAAGGCGAGAGGAACAGUUUGUAGCUAGGUCGCCUUUCAGCUCGAUCACCUCAUCGCUAUCGCUGAUGGAGAUGCUGAUCCGGCUCACGAGCCUGCAAGAGUUCCAGCAGGCGGCGCAUCUGUCUAUACCGGAUCACAUCUUGUCCUUCUUUUUGGAGGAGACGUCGACCACGGGGCUCAAGGGCGAGGCGAGGUGGAGGAUGAGGAACGAGGCGGAACAGCGCGUUGGGUUUGAUCCUUACACUGAUACCCCUACGAAAUGAGAACUAGACUGCUCUCACAAGAAUGAGACAUGAGCAGAAAAUACCCCCAAUAGACACAAUGAACGUCGUUUGUCUUGCAGUGUCUGGAAACGCAAGCAACAUGGCAUCUAGAGGCAGGAACACCAGAGCAUCCUCAAAAAGACGAGCUUUGCUUGCUUGUCCGCUCCGCGUUCGAAGCGUGUUUCUAUCCCCUGACCUCCCCAUGGACAACCUCCUAACCUCCCACAGAAGAACUUCCCAGUCCAAACCAGAGACAAUAAGCAAGCCACAGAGACUCUUGACUCUCUUAUGAUAUCAUUUAAUUGACUUUGUUUUGCCA